AUGGAUGUGGCAGAGCUUGGAGAAGCUGCAGCCUUCCUCAGACGGAGUGAGACUGAAUUGCCUCUCUUUGAUGGUAAGCCUUGGGACAAGAAGAAGAAAUGCUGGGUUAAUGAAGGCCAAAAUAAAUAUAUUGAGGCUGAGAUUAAAGGGAGUGAAGAUGAUGGGACAAUAAUGGUUGAGACUUCAGAUGGAAAGAUUCUGUGUGUCACAGAGGAUAAAAUCCAGCAGCGGAAUCCUCCGGAGUUUGACAUGAUUGAAGAUGUGGCACUGCUGGCUCACCUCAAUGAAGCCUCUGUGCUGCACACGCUGAAGAGGCGCUAUGACCACUGGAUGAUCUAUACAUAUUCAGGUCUCUUCUGCGUGACCGUAAAUCCUUACAAGCACCUCCCAUUAUAUCAGAAAGAAGUAGUGGUUGCCUACAAAGGAAAGAGGCGAUCACAGGCUCCCCCUCACAUCUUUGCUGUUGCUGAUAAUGCCUUCCAGGAUAUGCUGCACAAGGGAGAGAAUCAGUCUAUACUCUUCACAGGAGAAUCUGGUUCUGGAAAGACUGUGAACACCAAUCAUAUUAUCCGGUAUUUUGCUACCAUAGCAGCAAUGAGAGAAUCAAGGAAAAUGGUGGGGACUUUAGAGAAUCAGCUCAUGCAAGCAAAUCCUAUAUUAGAAGCAUUUGGAAAUGCCAAAACUCUGAGAAAUGACAACUCCUCUCGUUUUGGAAAAUUCAUCAGAAUACACUUCAGUGCCAACGGUAUGCUUUCUUCUGCAGACGUUGAGAUCUAUUUACUUGAAAAAUCUCGAGUGAUUUUCCAGCAGGCUGGGGAAAGGAACUACCACAUAUUCUAUCUAAUUCUGUCUGGAAAGAAAGAACUUCAUGACAUGCUCCUGGUGUCUGGGAAUCCCUCUGACUUUCACUUUUGCUCCUGUGGAGAAAUUGCUGUGGAAAACUUGAAUGAAAUCGAAGAACUGCUGGCUACAGAACAAGCCUUGGAUAGCUUAGGCUUUCUUCCUGAUGAGAAGUAUGCGUGUUAUAAACUCACUGGAGCCAUCCUGCACCUUGGAAACAUGAAAUUUAAACAGAAACCCAGAGAGGAGCAUCCAGAAGCAGAUGGCACAGAAAGUGCUGACAAAGCUGCUUUCCUCAUGGGCAUUAACUCCUCUGAGUUGGUGAAGGGCUUGACUCAUCCUAGGAUAAAAGUUGGUAAUGAGUAUGUUACCAGAAGUCAAACUGUAGAACAAGUAAUCUCUGCUGUUGGUGCCCUGUCCAAGUCAAUAUAUGAAAGGAUGUUUAAGUGGCUGGUGGCACGUGUCAACAGAGCCCUGGAUAGCAAGUUGUCAAGGCAGUUCUUCAUUGGCAUCCUUGAUGUCACUGGUUUUGAAAUCCUCGAUUAUAAUACCCUUGAGCAACUUUGCAUUAAUUUUACUAAUGAAAAGUUACAACAAUUCUUCAAUCAGUACAUGUUUACUUUGGAGCAAGAAGAAUAUGAGAAAGAAGGCAUUGACUGGGUGUCUAUUGAUUUUGGUCUGGAUUUGCAAGCCUGCAUAGAUUUUAUUGAGAAGCCAACAGGCAUCUUCUCCAUUCUUGAAGAGGAAUGCAUGUUUCCUAAGGCUACUGACAUGACUUUCAUAAACAGACUCUUUGACAACCAUUUUGGAAAGUCUGUUUAUCUCCAUAAGCCCAAGCCCAAUAAAAGGAAGCAAUAUGAAGUUCACUUUGAAGUUGUCCAUUACGCUGCGACGGUACCUUAUAACAUCAGUGGUUGGCUUGAAAAGAACAAAGACCUUCUUAAUGAAACAGUGGUGGCUGUAUUUCAGAAGUCUUCCAACAGAGUCCUGGCGAGUCUUUUUGAAAAUUACAUCAGUAGUGACAGUGCAUUACAGUGUGGGGAGAAGAGAUACAAGAAAGGAGCUUCAUUCCAAACAGUUGCAUCUCUGCAUAAAAAAAACUUGAAUAAAUUGAUGACUAAUCUGAAAUCAACAGUGCCUCACUUUGUAAGAUGUAUAAAACCCAACACGAACAAAACACCAGGUGUAAUGGACUCAUACUUGGUUCUGCAACAGCUGCACUGUAACGGUGUCUUGGAAGGGAUUAGAAUAUACCGUGAAGGUUUUCCAUACCGUCUGUUGUAUGCUGAUUUUCAACAAAGGUACUGCAUUCUGAACCCAAGGACUUGUCUAAAGAGCAAGUUUGUAAAUAGUAAGAAAGUUACUGAAGAACUGCUUGGCUCCCUGGAUAUACACCCAACCCAGUAUCAAUUUGGAAUCACUAAGGUGUUUUUAAGAGCUCGCAUUCUAGAUCAACUGGAAGAAAUGAGAGAUGAGAGACUAUCUAAAUUCUUCACAUUGUUUCAAGCCAGAGCAAGAGGCAAACUGAUGCGAAUCAGAUAUCAGAAUAUUCUGGAAAAAAGGAAUGCACUUCUUUUGAUCCAGUGGAACAUAAGAACUUUCAUGGCUGUGAAGAACUGUCCCUGGAUGAGACUCUUCUUUAAGAUUAAACCUCUCGUUAAGUGCAUGGGAGUGGGAGAUAAGAUAGCCAGACUGAAAGAGGAGUGUGUGCAACUGCGGAAAACCUUGGAAAAAACAGAAUCCCAGAGGCAGGAACUGAAAACGAAUCAAGCCUCCCUCAUUCAGGAGAAGAAUGACUUACUUCUUCAGCUGCAGGCUGAACAGGAAACCCUGGCAAACGUUGAAGAACAGUGUGAAUGUCUGAUUAAAUCCAAGAUCCAGCUGGAAGAAAGAAUCAAGGAGUUGUCUGAGCGGGUUGAGAAAGAAGAGGAGAUAAAUUCUGAACUCAGUGCCAGGGAAAGAAAACUGGAAGAUGAAAGUUUUGAGUUGAAGAAAGAAAUUGAUGACCUGGAAACAAUAUUGGCCAAGUCGGAGAAGGACAGGCAUGUUACAGAGCACAAGGUCAAGAACCUGACCGAGGAGGUAGAAUCUCUAAAUGAAAAGAUCAUCAGCCUUAACAAAGCCAACAAGUCAGUUCAGGAGGCCCACCAGCAGACACUGGACUACCUGCACACAGAAGAGGAGCGAGUCCGAAACCUGAACAAAGCCCAUUUAAAAAUGGAGCAGCAAGUUCGUGAGGUUGAGGAUGCCCUUGAGCGUGAGAGAAAAGUGAGAAUGGACUGUGAGAAGAAGCAGCACAAACUGGAGUGUGAUUUAAAGUUGAGCCAGGAAAACGCAGAGCACCUGGAGAGCAGCCAGCUGCGGCUAUCAGAGCAGCUGAGGAAGAAAAAUUUAGAAAUGAGUCAAAUGAAUUCAAGGAUGGAAAAUGAGAGAAGCCUCAUAGUUCAACUUCAGAAGACGGUUAAAGAGCUUCAGACUCAGGUCCAGGAUUUAAAAGAGGAACUGGAAACAGAAAGGACAACUAGAGCCAAGGUGGAAAGAGAAAGAGCUGAUCUCACUCAAGACCUGCAAGAUCUGAAUGAGAGGCUGCAAGAGGCGGGAGGAGCCAGUUUGGCUCAACUGGAAAUAACUAAGAAACAGGAAACGAAAUUCCAGAAGCUUCAUCGUGACAUGGAAGAGGCUACCUUACAAUUUGAAGCAACUUGUAAUUCUUUAAAGAAGAGACAUGCAGAGAGCCUGGCUGAGGUCAAGGGUCAAGUAGAAAAUCUGCAGCAAAUCAAGCAGAAUCUGGAAAAAGAUAAUAGUAGUCUUCAGUUACAAGUGGAUGACCUCCUGACUCAUGUUGAGCAGUUGACCAGAGCAAAGGCUAAUGCUGAGAAACUCUGUGGUCAGUAUGAAGAACGCUUGAAUGAAGCAAAUGCAAAACUGGAUGAAGUGACUCAGUUGGCAAAUGAGCAGACAGCACAGAAGACGAAGCUACGGAAUGAGCGUGGUGAGUGGCUGAAAAGGCUGGAAGACAAUGAGACUUUGAUAAACCAACUUUCUAUGGACAAGAGCAAGCUUACUCGUCAGAUUGAAGAACUGAGAGGGCAAUUAGAGGAGGAGAAAAACACACAGAGUGCCCUGGCUAAUGCCCUACAGUCAGCAAAACGAGACUGCGAUCUUCUGCGAGAGCAGUAUGAGGAAGAACAAGAGAUGAAGGCUGAGCUCCACAGGGCCCUAACGAAAGGCAAUGCUGAAAUGGUGCAAUGGAGAAUGAAAUACGAACACGAUGCAGUUCAGAGAACUGAAGACUUGGAGGAUGCCAAGAAGAAGCUGGCGGUUCGGUUGCAGGAAGCUGCUGAAGCCAUGCAGGUGGCCAAUGCUAGAAACGCCUCCCUGGAGAGGGCAAGACACCAACUGCAGCUGGAGCUGGAGGAUGCCCUGUCUGACCUGGAAAAGGCCCGCUCUGCAGCAGCCGUGUUGGACCAGAAACAGCUGCGCUCCGACAAGGCCCUGGCUGACUGGAAGCAGCAGCAGGAGGAGUGUUGGGCAUUGCUGGAUGCCUCCCAGAAGGAGGGCUGUGCUCUCAGCACUGAGCUGCUCCAGCUCAAGCAUGCCUAUGAGGAGAGCACCAUGAGCCAGGAGACACUCAGCAGGGAGAACAAGAUCCUCCAAGAAGAGAUAUCUAAUCUGACAAACCAGGUUAGAGAAAGAACCAAGAACUUAAUUGAAAUGGAAAAGGUCAAGAAGCUGAUUGAAAAAGAGAAGACUGACGUCCAGGUGACACUGGAAGAAGCAGAGGGAGUUCUGGAAAGGAAUGAAAGCAAGAUUCUUCAUUUUCAGCUAGAACGUUUGGAAACUAAAGCAGAAUUUGAAAGAAAGCUUUCUGAGAAAGAUGAAGAAGUAGAAACUUUGAGGAAAAAACAGCAGUGUGCUAUUGACUCCCUGCAGUCAAGUCUGGAUUCUGAGACUAGGGGCCGCAUUGAAGCUGUGAGGUUGAAAAAGAAGAUGGAAGCAGACCUCAAUGAGAUGGAACUCCAGCUUCGUGGUGCCAACCGGCAGGUGUCACAAACAACCAAGUCUCUGGGCAAGCUUCAGAGUGAAAUGAAGGACCUUCAGCUGCAGCUGGACAACAGCACACUUGUAAGCAGUGAUCUGAAAGAGCAGGUGGCUGUGGCUGAGCAGCGCAACUCUCUUCUACAGUCUCAACUAGAGGAACUAAGGUUUUUACAGGAGCAGAGUGAGCGUGCGCGCAAGGUUGCAGAAGAAGAGCUCCUGGAAACCACAGAAAGACUCAACCUAUUCCAUACCCAGAAUACAAGCCUCCUCAACCAGAAGAAGAAACUAGAGGCUGAUAUUGCCCAGAUGCAGAAAGAAACCCAAGAGGCAAGGCAGGGACAACAAAUUGCAGAAGAGAAGGUCACACAAGCAGCCACUGAGGCAGCAAACAUGUCAGAAGAAUUGAAGAAGGAGCAAAACACCAAUGCACACUUGCAGAGGAUGAGGAAGAACAUGGAGCAAACAAUUAAGGACUUACAAGAAAGACUGAAUGAAGCAGAACGCACUUCCCUGACAGAAAGUAGAAAGCAAAUCCAGAAACUGGAAUCCAGGGUGCGUGAACUGGAAGGUGAACUGGAAGGUGAAGUUCGCCGCAGUGCAGAGGCCCAGAGGGGAGCCCGCAGAUUGGAGCGAUGCGUCAAAGAGUUGACCUAUCAGGCAGAGGAAGACAAGAAGAAUCUGAGCAGGAUGCAGACUCUGAUGGAUAAACUUCAGCUGAAAGCUCAAAGUUACAAGCAGCAAAUGGAGGCAGCGGAAUCACAAGUCAAUCAAUAUCUUUCCAAGUAUAAGAAGCAACAGCAUGAACUGAACGAAGCAAAGGAAAGGGCAGAGAUAGCAGAAUCUCAAGUUAAUAAGCUCAAGAUUAAAGCCAAAGAGCUUGGAAAAAAGGUUCAUGAGGAAUAAGCAGAUCCUGCUUACAAAGGACAAUGGCUGCAGAAGUUGAAGGAGGCUGUCAUUUUAUGGCUAACAAUCUUUGUAUCACUUGAAACAGACAAAAAGUUUGU